AUGGUUGUUUUUGACGUUGAUGGAAAAGUAGAAAACGAAAAGAAACAAGUGGUACUGAAGCAGGAAAAAGUGGAACAUCAACAGACUUUGUCCAAGCGUUGGACACGUGAUGAGGAUCGAGAAACCUGGACCCGGAAAGUGGAUUUUCUAUUAUCAGUCGUCGGUUUCGCUGUCGAUUUGGCCAAUGUUUGGCGUUUUCCAUAUCUGUGUUUCAAAAAUGGUGGAGGAGCUUUUUUGAUACCAUACACACUAAUGGUAGUUCUUGCUGGUAUACCGUUAUUUUAUAUGGAACUAUCUCUUGGUCAGUACUACAAAAAAGGUGCAAUCACUACAUGGGGAUGGAUUUGUCCGCUAUUUAAAGGCAUAGGAUAUUGUGUGAUACUGAUAGCGUUUUAUACGGAUUUCUUUUACAAUGUUAUAAUUGCAUGGGCGUUGCAUUUUUUCCUGGCAUCUUUUACCACCGAAUUGCCGUGGGCCUCAUGCUCCAACGAUUACAACAGCAUCGCUUGCUACGAGCCAAGGGGAGACGUUUGUUGACU